CUCAGACACCAGUCGCGUCCCUGUAUAUCUUCUUCGCUUUGCAUUUGUCUAGUCAACUCGUCAACACCGCGCCAUGUCUACUCCAAACCGCAAGCGCAGUGCCGACGGCACUCUGGUGAUGAGUGAAGAGAGAACGGUCAAUCUCAACGACGUUUUCAGGGGUAUGAGCAACGUUGGGAAGAAGGUGGAAAGAAUGCAGCGCUCCAUGGACGACAAUCACAUGGAAACGUUGGAGCUGAUACGGGCUAUGCGGGAAGAGAUGAGGCAGCAGCAGCCGACUAGAACAGCAAACUCGUCCAAGCUGCCGCCUGGGCUUUCUGCAAAGGUGAGGCAAGCUCACCGCAACCUUGGGGAAGACCACCAGUACAACAACGAGAGAUUCAACUCGCCUCACAACGAGGCUGUGACUGGGGUAUUGAUGGAGUCCGUCAGGGACUCCGGGAUGGAGUUGGAGGACAACGUUAUCAGAAAAGCUUGCAACCGGUUCUUUGAGAACCUGAAGACACAGGCCAAACACGCACAGCAGGGGAGGACUAAAGAGGUCGGUGAGACCAAAAAACGGACCAGCAGGCGAGACAGGCUCUUCAAGAACAGGCUGAUCGUUUCCAAGACGCUGCACCCCGAGGAUGUCACCAAAUACAUCCAGGGUGCUGGACCGACGUUCAUGUCCGAUGAGGAAUCCGAACCCGAGGACAAGAACGUUGUGGUGGCCUGCCCGCCUCGAUGGCGCAGCAGGAAGUUGUCCCAGUACCUGCUGGAAUGCCAGCAGGUGCUGGACGAAAACUUCCUGCUGAGGAAAGCGCCUUCGGGGCAGAAGAGACGGAAGCGGGUGGAGGGGAGACAUAGCAGCCGCAACGCCCCUCAAGGACGAGCCGCAGCGAAGUACAUCGAGGACGAGGCCAGCGGAGUCGACACCAGGGGUGCAGUGGCGGCAGGGGGCGUCGGCAUCGAGAACGAGGUCAACGGCGUCGACACCAGGGAUGUAGUUGCGGCAGGGGGCAGCGGUACCGGCGGCGGCAGGGGCAGGGGCAGCGUCUCUGAGGACAACAGCGACCUCAUAGGCGCCGUAGGCCGGGGCGCCCGGAAGACCGAUGGCCGCGGCGGCAGGCGCAGUGGUACCAGCAACAACGUCAUCAGCGAUGAUGAGACCAGCGACAGUGAGGCCAGCGACAGUGAGGCCAGCAACUGA